GAAUCAUCUACUACUGAUGCACCAACAACUGAAUCAUUAACUACUGAUGCACUAACUACAGAUGCAUCGACAACUGAAGUACCAACAACCGAAUCUUCUACGACUGAUGAACCGACUACAGCAGCAUCAACUACUGAAUUACAAACAACAGAACCAUCCACUACUGACGCACCAACAACACAAUCAUCUACUACUGAUUCACCUACAACCGAAUCAUCUACGACUGAUAAACCGACUACAGCAGCAUCAACUACUGAAGUACAAACAACAGAACCAUCCACUACCGACCCACCAACAACAGAAUCAUCUACUACUGAUGCACCUACAACUGAAUCAUCAACUACUGAUGCACCAACUACUGCGUCAUCUACUACUGAUGUACCAACAACAGAGGCAUCCACAACUGAAGUGCCAACAACCAAAUCUUCUACAACUGAUGAACCGACAAAAGCAGCAUCAACUACUGAAGUACAAACAACAGAACCAUCCACUACUGAU